AUGGAGAAAGAGAUGUUGAAGGAUUUUAGCGUGGAGAUCGUUCGAACCUCCAUCGUGCAAUCGCCUCUACCCACAAAAGAUUGCACGCUCAGAAGCUCCAACAUAGAUCUCACUGUUCCUGCCAUUAGUCCGGGGCACUUCUUUGUUUACAAAGCAGUGCAAGAUAAGACAUACCAAGAGAUGUCAAACUCGAUUAAGAAGGCGCUCUCUCAGACACUAGUAUUGUUUUAUCCAGUGGCUGGAAGGUUUAUCAUCGGCCAUAAAGGUGAGCCUGAGAUAGAGUGCAAGAAUCAAGGAGUGCCCUUCAUUGAAGCUGAAUCUGACGCUGCCAUUAAGAAUCUUGAUUUUUCUCAGCCAAGUUUUACUGCUGCUAAACUGACUCCUAAGAGGAACCCUCUUCGAGAAGAACCCUCUUGGUGUGUUCCUGUUCUAGCUGUACAGGUGACGAGGAUGAACUGUGGCGGAAUUGUAGUGGGUUGUUGUUUUGAUCACAGAAUAGUAGAUGGUAUAAGCAGCUGUAUUUUCUUUCGAGCAUGGACGGAGGCUGCUCAAGGUAUCUCGUUUCCCAUGACUACGCCUUGCUUUGAACGCUCACUCCUCAAUCCCCGCAACCCUCUCAACGCUGCUGCCAUUGAUAGGCAUUACAUGGCACUUCCUUUCUCUGCUCUUGAUCAUGCCGACCCCCCUCCACCCCAAAUUGGCCGCAUCUAUCAUUUAGAUGCUCCCAGGCUUCUCCAAUUGCAGUCUCUGGCAAACCAAACUGAAGGAAAACCCCGUGUUGGCAAACCCAUAACAAAGAUGGAAGCAGUCUCUGCUUACAUUUGGAAAGUAUUUGCUCGCGCGCAGUCUUUGAGUUCUUCAGCACCGACCAGAAUUGGCAUUCCAAUUGACGGGCGUUCAUACCUGAACCUCCCUCCAUCCUACUUCGGAAACGGGAUAGCAAUUCCUUUCAAGGAGAGUAAUGCUGAGCAGAUAUUAGAGGAGCCAUUGAGCAAGACAGCAGAAAUCGUACGCAGCGUCAUAAGUGAUUCCGCAAACAGUGAAUAUUUCAAGUCCUUCGUUGAUUGGGUGGAGGAGAAGAGACCGGCAGCGAUGUUAGCGAAAGUGUAUGCGGAGAAAGGGUCUGCCGUGGUGGUGUCGUCGGGAGUGAGGAUUCCAUUAUAUCAAUUCGACCUGGGAUGUGGGAAACCUGCGUUUUCAAGUUCGUAUUUUCCAUGGGGAGGAACAGCAGGGUAUGUGAUGUUGCAGGCGAGCCCCCUGGGAGAUGGGAAUAUGGUGGUCUAUAUGCACAUGGACGAGAAGCACUUAGAUGCCAUUGAAGCUGAUCCUGAUUUUUUGUUUGCGAGGGCCAAUCAAAUGAAUUUCUGGUAA